GGACUGAGUCGUUUCCUUUUUCCUUUUGUCUGGUUUCUGUUCUCCAAAUGGCUUCUUUUGGGUGGAAGAGAAAGAUUGGUGAGAAAGUUUCAAAAGCUACUUCUCAGCAAUUUGAAGCAGAAGCUGCGGAUGACAAGGAUCUGGCUAAUGAUGAUGAUGCUAACUGGGUGCAUGCAACUAAAAGAAGAAAGGAAGUUCUCUUAGAAGACUGUGUAAAGAAAAGUAAGGAGCUGAAGGAUGAAGGUGCAAAUUUGGCUGAAAAUAGGAGGUACCGAGAAGCUAUUCACAAGUGGGAUGAAGCACUUCAAUUAACUCCAGAGGAUGCUACGCUGUAUGAGAUGAAAUCGCAGGUCCUGAUGUCUUUACAUGAAAUGUUCCCAGCGGUACAUGCAGCAGAAAUGGCUGUCCAGAGAAACCCGCGUUCCUGGGAUGCCUGGCAGACUUUGGGACGUGCCCAGCUUGGGUUAGGAGAGAUAGCACUGGCAAUCCGAAGUUUCCAGGUAUCCUUACACAUCUUUCCAAUGAACCCUGAAGUAUGGAAAGAGGACCUUUCCUGGGCAAGAAAACUACAUGAACAGCAGAAAGCAACAAAGACUGAGGCAGUGCAAGCGCUGGCAAAAGAAAAAGAGCUUGCACAAGAAUCAAUCCCAGACUAUGACUUUGAAAGUGAUGAAAUUGUGGCAGUCUGUGCUGCCAUCGCAGAGAAGGAGAAAGCUCUUUCAGCAGCUAAAACGGUAGUGAUUGUGUCUGCUUCAGGCACAGUAGAGACUGUUACUGAGAAGGAGGAUUGUCCUACAACUCCUGAUGAAACCCUUUUCAUCAGAGCCCGAUAGGGCAGCUUUAUGGGUUGUCAUACUGUUUUAAGAACUAGUGUUAUUUAUUGUAUUGGGCUUCCUUUGUUUUUGUUUUUUUAAGCAGUGGGAGAGCCUACAAAAGUUAAAAAUUUGAAGUUAUUUUUCUUUUGUAAAUUGAAAAAGCAAUGACCUGAGUUGUUGUCCCAUCCGUAUUUUUGGAGAAGAAAGCCAAGAAUUAAUUCUAAAAAUCUUAUGAACAAAUGUAACGUUAAAAUGCUUAACUACAUUCUAACAACUGCUUUCAACUUUAUGUAUUUCAUAAUUUUACAAGUUAAUGUCUACAUUUUCCCAGUAAUUAAAUAAGCUUUUAUUUAAACUCUAAAAGAAAAAGGGAUUUUUUAAAAAUCUAUUU